UGUUCUUUGUACGUUGUUGUUCACAAUCUCCCUUUCCCUCUCCUAUCGUCUUCCAGAUGUGGUACGCCCACGGGCUGCGCAAGUUCCCCUCGCACGAUUGGUCCAUCGAGCAGCGCUGGCUGUCCAUGCUGCUGCCCCUGCUGCUGUUCUUCAACGACCCCAUCUUCCCCAUGAUGUUCCUGACGAGCUCGUGGAUCCCCGGGCUGCUGGACGCCGUCCUGCAGGCCACCUACCUGUGCGGCCUGCUGCUCUUCUGGCUGUGCAUCUACCACGGCCUGCGCCAGAACGAGCGCCGCUGGGUGGCCUUCUACCUGCCCAAGCUGCUGCUCGUCGGCCUGCUCUGGCUCGGCGCCGUGGUCAUGGCCUCCUGGCAGAAGUGCAACGAGCUGCACGACCCGACCUACAACCACCGCGUGGACGCCGCCGACUACAACGGUUACAAGGCGUUCCUGAUGACGGUGGCCGGGUUCUACGCCGUGUACCUCCUGUACCUGAUGCUUCGGGCCUACACCGACCUGCGCUCUAUGCCCUUCUUCGACAUGCGUCUGCGCUUCCUGUCGCUGUUCAUGAUGAUGGUGGUGAGUGUGACGCUGGUGCUGGCCGGGAUGCGGUACGGCGCCGGCGUCCUGGAGGACGACUUCGUGUCGCAGCUCAGCACCACCUACACCAGCUCGGCGCACUUCAUGUGCUUCUACGGCCUGCUCAACUUCUACACCUUCACCAUGGCGUACGUGUACUCGCCGGCGCAGUUGCACCCUGCAGACCAGGCGCUGACCAAGGACAACCCUGCCUUCUCCAUGAUCAACGAGUCGGACGAGGAGCAGGUGCUCUACGGCUCGGACGACGAGUGCAGGCGGCCGCUCAACCUGUCUCGCUGCAACGACGCCGACGACAGCGACUGAGCGGGGUGCUCUGUGAAAAAUAUCUUCGUCAACUUUACAACAUGUUUUCUAUUUGUCAUUGACGGAAUUUGUUGUAAAUUUACGACAGCCCAUUUUUUCUCGCCUAUGAAUUCCAAGUCAAAAAGUUCAAUUUGUAAUUUUACAAAUUCAAGUUGUAAUUUUACGAAUUCAAGUUAUAAUUUUACAAAUUCAAGUUGUAAUUUUACAAGCUCUAUAUAACUUCAUGUAAAAUUUUCCUGUAAUCCUUAUUUACAACAAAGAAGUUUGUCACAGUGUGUCGAAGGUGAUGGAUGACGGCCGCUUGGAUGUUGUUGCCUCGGCGAGCCGUGUUUAUCGCCCGCCACAAAGUUGUGUGUUGAUGGAUAGUACUUAGCGACAUCGACGUGUCCGUUUGGAAGCGCGGGAAACUUUGAAAACACAUGGCUCGCGCGUUCGUUUGUGAGGUAAAAGAAAAAAGAUAAACGUUGAGGAAAAACAAAUCCUCUUGAUAGAAACUCUUUACUCUGUAGUGAUUUGUUCAUCUCAUGCCAGGUGUUGUCGUUAGCCUCAAGCAACACCAACGGGUUCUUCAUAAUGCUAACGUUCAAGCCAACGAUUACAUCGUUCUUAAGCUGUAGUUUUUCAGCGGUAUGUUCAGUAUUAUUCUCAUCAGUUUUUUUUGUCAUUUAAAAAAAAAAUAAUGUUAGUAAGGAUGGUGUCAAUUUUGCUUUUAAUUUCCUGUUGGUUUCGUUACAUUUUUUUGACUAAAGUGUUAUAUCUUAUCCUUAUCAUUAUUUUUCUUUUUUACCUUUCCCUCGUGUAAUGCGAGUUUAAUGACUCUUUACUUCUCUUGUACGGGGUGGCCCACAGGUUGCCCACUCGUUCGGCACAGUGCAAUUAAUACAAAGAAAUUGGGUUUUGGGGCACUGUGACACCCCGUAGACUGCCGCAGGAACUGUUUCCAACUGCAAUUGUUUCCAAUUAAGUAUAAUGUGAUCCCCGAAGUAGUGUGUAAAAGUGCGUGCGCGUUUGUGUGUGUGUGUGACAAUAGUGGUGAAUUGUUGGUCUUAGCGAUCGUGAGCUGAGACCCGCUCCAGAAUGCCGUUUGGAGUUCUUAACCACGAUUGGGUAUACUUUCGUUUUAUUUUUUAUAUCCUUCGAUGUGCAUAUCUCUGAAAUACGCCUUUGUUCAAGUCAGCGACUUGAACAAACUGCUCUCUCCUUAUCUUUCGUGAUUAUGCAACCUAUGUGAUGAAUGUUGAUAUAUUUUGCUAAUAAAUGUCUGUGCGAUCGUGUGUAA